GCUCAAUUAUACAAACAAGACUUUGAGGAUGAAUCUAAAGCAAAAGUAAAGGCUUUAAAGGAAAUAGAAAACUUAAAGGCUGAUUUACAAAUAAUGUAUACUGCUAAGGAGAAGUUAUCAGAAGAAUUGAAUAAAGUUUCACAUUCAGGGAGACAUCGCAGGCGGCAUGAUCACGAGAAAAGAACAAAUACAGAUGAAGAAAAAACAUUAAAUGAAAAUUCUAAUAAAUAUGAGUGUCCUAAAUGCAACAUGGUAUUUACAGAAUUUCAGCCAUUAAGUAAUCACGUGGAGAUGUGUAUUACAGAUAACCUUUUUGAUUAUCCAUAGCUUUAUCAGUUCACUAUUAAUAUUUAAUAAUUAAAAAAAAUGUUAAAAAGUAGGUUAUAAUAUUUUGUUAUUAACUGAUAGUAUUUGUAGUUGCAAUGCAAAAUAGAGAAAAUUCAACUUUGCAUUAUAACUACAAGAAAUAGUUACAAAUCAACAAAGAAUGCAUUAAUGUGAAAUCAUUAGAAUCAAUGAUAAAUGCUAUUAAUUAAUUUUGUUUUAAAAUUUUUUUAGAAUUUGUUACUUAAACACAAGUCAAGAAAUGUUUAAGCUGUGAAUUGGCAAAAGUCAGUCUAAAGAAAGUUUUUUUUUAAAAAUAUUCUAAAAGAAACUGAUUAUAAAAUUGAAUACUUAAUAAUUGUAUGCGUUAAACUUUUAGU